AAUUGCAAUGUAUCAACUAAUGACGUAAUAUUUAGUCACGUGGCUUAUUUUUGACAAACUAUCGCUUUACUACAAUCCCUAAUUGUUGUUUAUAAUUUAAUAAGUUUGAUAAAUAUUUUUAUAUGUAUAUAUAAAAUUAAAACUAUGUGCUCAUUGGUUGAAAUAUUUUUGAUUUGAGUACUGGCUGCAUAAGACACUAACUCUCAAGGGAGUUAAUCUAAGUGAACGAGGGUGUGCAGAAUAUAUAUCUUAAAUUUACGUAAUACCUUAACACUGCUUAUAUUAUUGUAAUAAUACUUACACAAUUUCACGUUAAAGUUUCAUUACUUGAGUGAAACCUGCUUAGAGCUAAUUUAACUUAAAAUAUGUAUAAACGUAUGACGUCAGGUAACAAUAAAUGACCAAUAAAAGUCACGAGCUGCAAGAUUCGACAAACCGAACAAGCGAGCCACGUGAUGCCUCAAUAUGGCGGCGUCCACAUCACCACUUGCCUUUACAGAAGUCGCGCGAUAAAAACCAACGGGCGUGGGUGCCGUGUUGACAAAUUUGUGGAUAGAUUUAUGCACACAAGUGAAGCUACGAUGAGAAGACGAAAGGAAAGCGGCGAGGAAGCAGAUGACAGCACUCCGAAGCAACGGGUUGUCCUGCUCCACCUAGACCUAGGCGUGGGCGGAGCCGAGCGGCUCGUCGUAGACGCCGCACUGGCACUGCAGGCGCGGGGCCACUCCGUCCAAUUUCUAACUACGCACCACGACCGGAGUCACUGUUUCCCCGAAACCACGGAUGGCACCCUCGAGGUGACCACCGUCUGCGACUGGAUGCCGCGCUCCGUGCUGGGACACCUCUAUGCCGUCUGCUCCUACCUGCGCAUGAUCUUUGCCGCCGUGUACCUCGUCUGGUUCAGCGACCUCCGGCCAGACGUAGUGGUCUGCGAUCAGGUGUCUGCUUGCGUGCCCGUGCUCAAGUGGGGCGGAGCCAGGGUGGUGUUCUACUGCCACUUUCCGGAUCUGAUGCUGGCCGAGCGGAGCGGACUCCUCCGGCGGAUCUACCGGUGGCCCAUCGACACGCUGGAGCAGUGGAGCACGGGGAAGGCGGACACGGUUCUUGUCAACAGCAAAUUCACGGGCGACGUCUUCCGCAGAGUCUUUCCGAAGCUGGCAGACGUGCCGCUGCACGUCCUGCACCCGACGACGAGUUUAUCGCGGCUGGAUCGCCCACUGGAGGGCUCCCUGGAGGACCUGGGGAUCCAUCCCAGCGGCGCCGUCUUCCUGUCGCUCAACCGUUACGAGCGCAAGAAGAACUUGGGCCUGGCACUUCAAGCGUUGGAACUUGCCAUCCGGGAGGUGCCCUGCCAUCUGGUGGUCGCCGGCGGCUACGACAUCAACCACCGCGAGAACGUCGAGCACUAUGAAGAGCUGCAGAACCUUGCGAAAGAGCUGAACAUUGCGGAACACGUGAGCUUUCUCAAGAGCCCAGCGGAGCCGGCCAAACAGCAGCUCCUGCACAGCUGCCGCGGAGUCAUCUACACCCCCGCAAACGAGCACUUUGGCAUCGUCCCGCUGGAAGCCAUGUACAUGCGGCGGCCCGUCGUGGCGUGCGACAGCGGCGGACCCACCGAGACAGUCGCGGACGGCGAGACGGGCUUCUUGUGCGCGCCGACGGCGGAGAGCUUCGCGAGCGCGAUGGUGAAGCUGGCGAAAGACAGGAGUCUGUCGCAGGAGAUGGGUGAGAGUGGGAGGGAGAGAGCGCUGGCACUCUUCUCCUGGGACCGCUUCGAGCGCGAGCUCAACAGGGUAGUGUUCGAAAGCAAAGAAGCGCCGCGCGUAGAGGAGUCGGCGGCGGUGUCGGGCAGUCCACGACGAGCGCGCUGACUUUUAAUUUUUAUAUGUCUGAGGUCGAGAAGCGAACGGAACCGUCUAGGCGAGACAUAAACCAAAGUUUUUCGAAGUCAA